AAGAAUCCGGCAGGACUUCUAUCAAUUUACUUGUAUUUUGUUUUUCUAAAGGUUUUUAGGCCAGUUCAAUUGACACUCAGAUAAUGGAGACAUUCUGAUGAUACUAGUUCCACUGGGGAAACGCAAAAUAGAAUUUUAAUGAUGAAUUCCAAACCAAUUGUGUAGAGUUUAGUUUAGAUAACUGCUGAAUAUAUGAGUUAUUUGUUUCAUGACCAAACGUAAAACAAAGAGCUUCUUUUAGAGAUAAAAAAUCGUGUAUUGACUCAACAGAAUUAAAUGUUAGCUAGAAGGAUUAAAAUAGAGCGGCCCCCCUGGACAGUCGGAAGUAUUUCAUUUGAGCCAUGAAAAUAUCAGACAAACAAAACAGCCAAUGUUAGUGUUGACCAUCAAACAAGGAUCUCUGAGUCGUCUCAUUGUAUGACAGGCAGGGAGGGCAGAAUCAGAACACAGUCAUGGAGGACGAGUAUAAAUACUAAAUGCAACAAAGCAGAAGAGAAAGUUGACAACAGGCUUAGUCUCUGUGCUAGUGUCCUUGUGCUCUACCAGUGAUGUUCACAUCUAGGACUGAACUACAUUAGUGUUGGACUGAGUUUUACUUGGACACUUUCUAGAGAGUUCUAUAUUCUACAUCAUUCCGAAGGACAGAACUAUUUCAAGGAGUACUACACCAUGGAAACAAGUCGUCUAGGACUACACGUUACUAAUGAUUGUAUUGGAUUCUUACCUUCCACUUCUACAAUUCAAUCUGCACUAGUCAAGUUAGUGCUGUGUUUCACUGUCUUCAUUGUGUUCUCUACAGCUGCUGUCUUAGAAAGUAACUCAUCUUCUCCAGAAAAAGUAGAGCCGUGUACAGUCAAAAGCUCAUUUCUUUUUACAAAAGAGGAUGCCAGUCCAGGCUCUACUCUAUUGAAACUGCCAACCAACCAGGGCGAGAAAUGGACUCUGACUGAAGAUGGCUUGGAGGGUUAUCUUGAACUGGACAUAUCUCAUGAUGACCACUCCAGGAUUGUAUUCUCCAAGUCUCCAGAUAUUGAAACUAUUAGUAAAACAUUGGGCAAGAGACAAGGCUCAUUACCAUUUACACUAGAAUGUACGUUCAAUGGUUGGCUAUAUAAGUUUAAACAGGAACUUAUCAUCCAUGACGUGAAUGAACAUGCUCCAGUCUUUGAUAUGAAUCGUCCAUACAACAUAAGUAUUAGUGAGUCCUCCAUUGUUGGAAGUCGCGUGUUUAGUCUACGUCACUUAGCCUAUGAUCCUGAUGCCACUGGAAGAAUAACAAGCUAUUCCUUACAACCUUUCAAUGAUUCAAAGGUUGAUGGUCGAAAUCAUUUCCGAAUUUCGCAAGAUGGAAGUCAUGUGAUAUUGUUCAAAUCAAUAGAUUUUGAUGAACUUCAGUUUCAAGGUCAAACAUAUUUCAAACUCAAUCUAACCGCUACUGACAACGGAAACACCGAGCCUUUAACUUCGUAUGUCAUUCUAACAAUACAAAUAACUGACGCAGAUGAUCAGGGGCCAUCCUUUAUUUAUCCAGAUUGUCCAAAAAUUGAUAACUACUGUACAACACCCUAUUUUCAGACAGUCAUUAAAUGCGGAUACCUGGGUUUCUUACGUCUUUACCCAGCGCCUAUACAAGCAGAGGACAGGGAUACAUUGAAUAGUUCUAUCACUUACUCCAUAGCUAGAGUUGAACCCGCACAGUAUACAGAGAAGUUUGAAAUGAAUCCUGUGACUGGGGCCAUCAAAGUUGUCAAACCAUCGUGUGCUUCUAGUGGAAAUGAGAUUCUUCUGACUAUAAGUGCCACAGAGAGCUCACCACUUCAACAUAGUACAUCCACAACACUUCAGAUAGAUGUCUUAGACAAUGUGGUCAUUCCCAACAUUGCCUGGGGAGUGGACUCAGCUGGUGACCGCGAGUCACGUCCAGUAAUUACAAGCAAAGAUGAGUCGCUGGAUGGAGCAGGCUCAGCGACCAUUCCUUUGACCUUACUUCUCUUGUCCUUUUUCGGGUUUGUUACCAUAGGCUCAGUGGUCAUCUAUAUUGCUGUACGGUCAGUCAGGUCAAGAAAGAAGGACAGCUCAACCGCAUCAACCACCACUACCAUCAAUUCAUCUUUGGAAGACUUAGGUGAUUGUCACAUGUGUAAACAAGAUUUCCCUACGGCCUCAACCUGCUUCAGGUCAUGCUCAGUCAAACCUACUCCUCCAGUGGAGCCAGUUGUUGAAGCUGCUCCCAGAACUUCCAGUGUUGGCAGCCUUAGAAAUAAGUUUAGAACUUUCAUUCAGUGUUCCAGUGAGGUAGUACACAAGCCUCAAGUCAGUGACACAGUACACAAGCCUCAAGUAGGACCUAAACCUGCUGACCUCAGACCUGCUUUGAUGACUAAACCACAACAUCCUUACCAUUUUGACGACAACAUUCAAUUUCGACCAAGUCCAAGCAUUCCCGGCAACUCCAGCACCUCAGGAUUUAUGAAUGAUCCAAACGCAAGCCUGGGAUCAAUGAAACACGAGCGAGGAUUGAAACAAGAUUCAGAAACUAAAGUAAGAAAAGAGGAUGACGGUCCUGAGAACAGAUUUAAACUGAGAUUCAAUAAUAUGGUGCCCGAAAUAUUUAAAGCAAACAAUCCCAGAGUUCGCUUUGACACUAGUAAUUUAAACCCGGUCUAAAUGACGCUUAAGUAUUAUUAGAUUUUUUUUCAAGUUAGAAAAUUCUUGUGAGCUUCUAAUGGAAGCAUUUCGUUUUUGCUGCGUUUGAAUAACAUUUAUUCAUGAGAUCUGCAUGACGACAUUGACUGAGUGUUGAAUCAAUUUUGUGAUCUAGGACUAAGAUUGUUGAGCAUGACUGUAUAGCGAGCUGGUAUGUCAUUGAUCUGGAACAGUUUAUUACUGAUAUGAAUCUGUUAUUUAUAUACACUGUACAUAAAUACAUAGUAAUGUCUAUUUUCAAUAGCAAACUGAGGUGUUUUGCCUGUUAUAUGUGUCAUUGCCACUAAUAUGUGCUUCUCCAUCACCCUAGAACAAAAAACGUAGGUUCACGAUAUUUGUCUUAGUUUCAUAAAAAAAAUGAUCAUAAAAUAGCUUGUAGCAUUAACAUCUAAUAGAAGUUAUUUGUCUCUGAAAACUAAACUAAAUCAACUUGUUCUUGUCACCAAGCAGAACAAAAAUUCACUCAUCACAUCAAAACUAAUAUAUUUUGAGAACUUUAAUUCUAGUUUUUCUAUAACCUGUUAACUUUUGAGAUGAAAACAAAAAAAUAUGAUGCUAUCGUUUUCUUGAAGGUUACUUCAUUUAUUUGGAGUUAGCAUUUUGAAAUUAUUGUGUGUCAGGCCAAUUGAGCUAGUUAAUUGUCGUUAAAUUUAUAAGGUUUAUUGAACUAGUUAACUGUAUAGGUUAUAUUUCCUUACAUUUAUCUUACUAGACACUGAGACUUAAGUACACUAGACAGUUUUGUUGAUCUAUCUUUUAUAUUUAUCCAUCUACAUAGCUACUUACCUAUCUGAUGAUCUACUUACCUAUCUGAUGAUCUACUUACCUAUCUGAUGAUCUACUUACCUAUCUGAUGAUCUACUUACCUAUCUGAUGAUCUACUUACCUAUCUGAUGAUCUACUUACCUAUCUGAUGAUCUACUUACCUAUCUGAUGAUCUACUUACCUAUCUGAUUAUCUGUAUUAUUAUCUGAUUAUCUGUAUUAUUAUCUGAUUAUCUGUAUUACUAUGAGCAUAAAGAAUAUAGUUUGUAAUACGUGUAAUACUAUAUUUUUGAGAAUCUUCGUUUGUCGAAUGUUUAGAAAAUAUGUGUCUUUAAUGGUAAGAAUGUCAUGUAAUACAUUUGAUGACAUUCUUCUUUACACAAUGGUUUAUGGAUAAAAAAAUGUUUUGUAUUAUACUGUAAUAUAAUAUUAAUAACUACCAUUUGAAAUAGUUUUUAGAAUUUUAUAU